GAGGCGAGGCGAGGGGCCAGCGCGACAACACAGCGACGACAACAGCGGGGAGAGCUGGGGAGAGCCGUGUUCGCUUUGUUAUGAUACGCGUCCGCUCCGUCGUCGGGAUCCGCGUCCCGGCCGCGUAGACACGGCGGCCGCGCGCAGUCGGGCGUUCUCGAUCGACGCGGCCCGAGAUCCAUGAUCAGAGAGUCGACGCGACGUUCCAGCGCACCGCGGUACGAUGCGAUAGCUUUCACCGGCGGGUUGCCCGACGUGCUCGAGGUGGCGGUGCCGGAGGGUCCGUCCGCGCGCCGCGAACACGGGGGCAGGCGUGACGGCGGCAGGGCGAGCGUGGUCGUCCCGUGGGUCGCCCGCAGUAUGCUCAGGGUCUGCGACGGCCGGAUAUUAUGGCUGCGGGUGAGGCCAGCGGCGGUGCGGCGAGGCCUCGUCAGGAGAAGCAGUACGACUAUCUGCUCAAGUUCCUGCUGGUGGGCGACAGCGACGUCGGCAAGCAAGAGAUCUUGAGCGGCCUGGAGGACGGUGCCGCGGAGUCGCCGUUCUGCAGCGGCAGCGCUUACAAGACUACCACUAUCCUGUUGGACGGGAAACGAGUGAAGCUACAGUUGUGGGAUACGUCGGGCCAGGGUAGAUUCUGCACCAUCAUUCGGUCUUACUCCAGGGGCGCUCAAGGUAUACUCUUGGUGUACGACAUUACCAAUAAAUGGUCCUUCGACGGCAUCAAUAGGUGGCUGAAGGAGGUCGAAGAGCACGCGCCUGGCGUACCGAAAGUGCUGGUCGGCAACCGCCUGCACUUGGCUUUCAAGCGGCAAGUGGGCGAGCGAGAUGCGGAGGCUUACGCGGCCAAGAAUCGUAUGGCGUUCUUCGAGGUUUCGCCUCUCUGCAAUUUCAAUAUCCGCGAGAGCUUCUCGGAGCUUUCUCGGAUGGCGCUGCACAGGAACGGCAUGGAGAGAUUGUGGCGAUCCAAUAAAGUGCUCAGCCUGCAGGAGCUGGCGUGCCGCGCGAUCGUGGCCCGCACGACGGUCUACGGCAUCGACCAGCUGCCGCUGCCCAAGUCGAUCAAGUCGCACCUGAAAUCGUACGCGAUGACGACGACGUCGCAGCUGCGCUACAACGGCAACCGCUCGUUGAGCUCCAGCAAGAGCCUGGGCACGCAUCAUCGGAAGCUGCGCUUCGUCGGCCACAGCAACGGCGGGCUGUCGACGCCUGGCAGCUCGCCCGGUAGCAUCGCCGACUCCCGCACGAGUUGCGUCGGUCGCAACUCCUGCACGGUGUCCUGAGGGCGACGGCGGACAGAAGUCAGGGUAGCGAUUUUACUUACAAAAGCGCUCGCGCAGCAAUCAGCGUUCUUCCUUCUCCUCCCCGCACCCGUUUCGCCCCCGUUUCGAGGAUGCAAACGCGUCUCGCGAUUAUGUAGCGAUCACCGUUAAACCACCGCGCGAUAGUGUAAACAUGUGACAUCCCGAUUUGCCAACGUUGACGGAUAUACCUGUUGCGUUUGUAUCUCACGCGAUACAUUUCGUAUAAAUACAUAUAUAUAUAUAUAUAUUUUCACAUCCGCGAGCCGCGCGUACAGUUCCACGAUCCGAACGAUUGUUAAACGAGCUUAAGACGAGCCGUCGUGUACCCGUGCCAUCCGUUGUGCGAGAUUAAGGAGAGAACGGCGCGAACGUAAGCAGGGAAAUUGCUUCGACAUUACCGAGCGUCGUCGUCGAUCGCAGAGCUCGCGCGGGCUCCCCGUCGCAGGCUUCCGUCGAGAGGGGAACGCGUCCGGAUUCACGGAGGUUUGCAAGAUACACACCCAGGUAUCGAUCGAACACUUUGCAUUACGCGACUCGAGUGUGUCCCGUACUUUUAAACAAGCCCCUGUAAAGCCGCUUAGUUUCGUUUUGGCCGUUGUUGGAAAAAAAAGAGCAGCCCUUCCCCCACAAACGUAUCUCUCUGUGCGGAGUGUUCUUUCUUCGAUCGCAAGCUUGCGAGAGCAGCGAGUAAUGAACUGAAAAGUACAAGUUCGCUAAGUCUACGGUGGUUGUGGUGUAGACUAAUGAUGAUAGCGUAAGUGUAGAAAGUUUAGAGCAGCUAACUCGAGAUAUAUUAGCGACAUAUAUACAUAUACAUAUAUAUAUAUAUAUAUAUUUUCAAUUGCUUGCGAAAACCGUUUUAUCGGAAACUACCGGUUUUACCGAGCGCGGAAGAGCUAUAUAUUUUUUAAGAAGACGGUUUUAUAAAGAGCAAUAAAAUUGACUCUUUCUACGGCACGAGUUUUACAUUUCAUUACGUUGAUCGAGAUCAGAUGAUAAUCUCUACGGUUUUCUCCCUCUUUUUCUCUUUCUCUUUACCGCCGCGAAUUGUGAGUCGCGCGAGGCGAUACGACCCUCGUUCCCUUUCGUGUUUAACGAAAUCCGAAAAAUCCCUCUGCCCCGAAUACGUUAUUUAAGAGUAUCGUCUUAUUUCAUGUUACCGAAAUGUAAAUCCACAGUGUACAGUGUAAGAUUGCAGGAGAUGCGUUUGUGUAAUAUAGAUAGACUAGAUAGAAACACACUCGAUCUCUAACGAUAUGUCUGUAACUAAUCACUCGAUGCCAGGAAAGCACAUGAGAUGUAUAUUUAUAUUACGUUAGAUUUAACUAAAUUAUAUUCUGUGUAUAUAAAGAAAAGAAUAUUAUAUUAUAAUAUUGUUUUAUAUGAAUAUAACACGAUGUGCUUACUUGUCUGUGAGAUGUGCUAAAUAAAUUCAACUUCACACUUAA